CAGAACGUCCGGCGGCCGGCGCGCCGCUCGCCCGCUCCGCGCUCGACAUGGAGAUCAAGACGCUGCACAAGAGCAGCACGUUCGGCUCGCUGUCGAGCGGCACGCAGCGGCUGGGCAGCUGGUUCAGCCAGCUGGGCGAGCGGCGCCGGCGCAGCGCCAUCCGGAAGAGCGUCACGCUGAACGCGGGCCUCGGCGUUGUGUACGAGCACCCCCGGAUCGGCUCCGAUGGCGAGUCGGAGGAGGCGAGCGGCGCGUCCGACGAGGUCACCAGUCCGGUCCACGUCAAGCUGCGACCGCGCCGCGACCGGGAGCGGCGACCCAAUGUCAAUGAGAUCAACAAGCGGCUGUCGCUGCCGGCCGACCUCCACUUGCCCGAGUCUUUCCUGCAGAAGCAGUCGCUGAGCCCCACGCUAGACGGUAGCCUGACGCGCGCCACGCGCCGCCAGUCCCUCUCCGAGAUCGGCUUCGGCCAGCAGGACACCUACAUCAAGCUGGAGAAGCUGGGCGAGGGCACCUACGCCACCGUGUACAAGGGCAAGUCGCGCCUCAUCCCCAACAGGAUCGUGGCGCUGAAGGAGAUCCGCCUGGAGCACGAGGAGGGCGCGCCCUGCACCGCCAUCCGCGAGAUCUCGCUGCUGCGCAAGCUGAAGCACGCCAACAUCGUCACACUGCACGACGUGUGCAACACGAGCACGUCCAUGACGCUGGUGUUCGAGUUCCUGGAGAAGGACCUCAAGCAGUACAUGGAGGACUGCAGCAAUGUGAUGAGCAUGAACAACGUCAAGCUGUUCCUGUACCAGCUGCUGCGCGGCCUGGCCUACUGCCACCAGUACCGCGUGCUGCACCGGGACCUGAAGCCGCAGAACCUGCUCAUCAACCAGCUGGGCGAGCUGAAGCUGGCCGACUUCGGGCUGGCGCGCGCCAAGUCCGUGCCCACCAAGACCUACAGCAACGAGGUGGUGACGCUGUGGUACCGACCGCCGGACGUGCUGCUCGGCUCGACCGUCUACUCCACCCCCAUAGACAUGUGGGGUGUCGGCUGCAUCUUCUUCGAGAUGGCUGCCGGCCGGCCGCUCUUCCCCGGCUCGACCGUCAAGGACGAGCUGACGCUCAUCUUCAAGACGCUCGGCACGCCGUGCGAGGAGACGUGGGCCGGGGUGACAUCUACCGAGGAGUUUCAGCAGUACAAGUUCCCGACGUGCCGGGCAGAGUCGCUGGGCGACCGCUGUCCACGGCUGGGCUCGGACGGGCUGGCGCUGCUGCGCGAGUUCCUCCGCUACGAGGUGGCGGCGCGCGUCUCGGCGGCCGGCGCCAUGCGCCACCCCUACUUCAGCUCGCUGGGGCCCGGCGUGCGUUCACUACCCGAUGACGCUUCAAUAUUCUCAGUGCCGGGCAUCUGUUUGACCCGGGACCAGGGUCGGAGCAGCUCGAGUCUAGCGCAGCCAAGCGCCCGCCAGCGGAGGCAAACCCUGGUGCUGUGAGCGUCGUCUGCCGGCGCUAUUCCGAACUUGUAGUUCUCGCGCCGGCCGCCGGACGGCGGCCCUGACGCGAUUCCCUGUCCAUUCCUGGCGGCGCCCGCCGCCCCCGCGGCGGAGCGACGUGAGAGCAGCAAGAGCGUGAGCGCGAGCGAUAGAUGGUGCACUAGUCUCAAGGUUGGACCGGCCGUCUUUCAGGACCUCUGGUUCCGACGCCGGGGCUGGCGGCAGCGCAGCGCCCCGCCUGAGCAGCGCGCCGGUCCGCCCCGCCACGGCCGCACAGGGCCACGGCAAUAGUUGUCAAAUCGCGUGGCUGUAAGCUUCCUUUGCGCGUCCAUAUCUAUGUUUAUAAAUAACCUUCGACGCGGCCGCGCGAGAGAUGACUUGUGAUGUAAUUAUAUGUAUCCGGCCACGUAGUCGCGCGAUAAAUUGCGGCUGCUGCCGGGCGGGGAGGUGGGCCGCGGCCCCGGAGACCAGCCGCGCCGGGGCGGCGCGCGGCCCCGCCCCGUUGUUCAGUUGUGGGAAGUCUAUUUUUGCUAUAUUCGUUCGGGCCCGGUCUGUGUUGUUGUGACGUGAGAUGUGAGUCUGUCAGAGCGUGGUGGUUCACACGUAAUGCUCGACCAAAAUCGCCAAUAAAACUAUUUGUAUAAUGUGAAGUUGA